AUGCAGAAUAACAAAUUUGCCGAUAAAGCAGGACCUGGUGGUUGGAAUGAUCUGGACAGUACUCGAUCGGCAUUCGACGGGCGAUGUUUAUCAAUUGAGAGUUGUAGUACAACCGAAGUGGCAAGUAUUGUCAUCAACGAAUGCCACAUUGGUGAUUCGCAAGCUCAACAUCAAGGUAAAAAUCAACAAUGGACAGCCGUCAUAUCGGAACAGACCAUUGUCUAUCUAAUGAAUGGACAACGUGUAAAUGUCCCCGAUUAUGAUGAAUCCAGUGUCGAUGCAUUUUCAUAUAAUAAACAAGAUAAUCAAGCAUGGACAUGGAAUGCAGCAGAUGGUUUAGUUCGAAGCAAAUACAAUGGUCAAUGUUUGACUGUGGGACCAGAACUCGACGUCUGGGGAGAUCCACUUUCGGAUGCAUACAUGACAGCAGGAUCGUUAAGACGAAGAGAAGAGGGAGAAAUGAGUUACCGGUUCUGA